AUGGAUCCUCAACUGUUACUUUUCCGAAGGCAAUAUUUCCAGCUUCAUGAACCAGAUUUCCUCGCGUGGCCUCCGAAACAACUUUUAAAAGACCCUUCUGUACAAGCAUGGCUAUAUGCCAAACUCUUCGACGGCGAGAAGAAUGCAUAUCUGCCAGCAGAAAGAUAUCAGUUCCGUGUAUUGAAGCCUCUCGUCUCCAAAAUCGAGCAGGCAAUUGAGGAUCCUGAGGAAGAUGAGAUCUCCGAUGACCUGAUGUCACGUCUCUCAACUCUCAUUGCAUCCGACCUUCCAGGAGAGCUCAUCGCAGCACAACAAAAGUCAUACGUGACAUUUACAUGUCUGCCUCCAGAAGUCUCUACUAUAGACGAGGACUAUCGUUCCGAGCCCACGAUCACUUUGCUAGAGCGGCGGAAUCUCAUUUCUGGAUCCUUAACGACUGGCUUUCGGACUUGGGAAGCUGCACUGCAUCUCGGCUCCUAUCUGCUCUCACCGAAAGGCCAGAACUACAUCCGAGGCAAAAGCGUGCUCGAACUAGGAGCUGGGACGGGAUUUAUGGCAAUUCUUGCAGCUAAGCAUCUGGAAGGAAACCACGUCACAAUUACUGAUGGCGAUGAGAGUGUUGUUGAAGCCCUCAAGGAAAACCUCUUCCUCAAUGGUCUUGACGAUGAUAAGAAAGUGAUUACGAGUGUGCUGCGGUGGGGCCACGGACUGAAAGGAACUUGGGUUGAGGAAGACUGUGAAGAAUGGCCCUACGAUGUGGUGAUUGGCGCAGACAUUACGUAUGAGAAGACUGCCAUCACGGCUCUGGUUGGCACUUUGAGAAUGCUAUUUGAUUUACGACCGGCAUUACAGGUACUGAUAUCGGGUGCGGUUCGAAAUGUCGAGACUUUCGAGACAUUCCGACACGCUUGCUUAAGGAGCAAUUUCGAUGUCAAAGAGGUCGACUUCGAACCGAAGCCUAUACAUCAACAGACGUCGCUGUUCUAUGCCAAGGCAGUGCCUUUGAAAAUUCUGUCGAUUACAAAACCUGGUCCAUGA